AUGGCGCUAACUUGUAAAUCCCUUUUAUAUAGGAUAAUUGAGUUGCGUGUUCCUAUAGAAGGGGAACCAUGGAAAGUAUAUGCAUUGGGGGUCAUAAACAUGGUAUUGUUCGGUUGGGGAAUGAUAUUGAGUGGUUUUAUGAAUAAUUGUGCGGAAGAUGUGAUAAUUGGACUUAUGCAAUUCAUAAUACCGUUCGUUGGUUGGAUUUGGGCAAUAUUUUGGGGGAUUCUCAUCGUUUCACAUAAAUUUGCGGACACAAGAAGCAAUAAUAGACUCAAAAAUGACACAGUGGUCUCCGAUUUCUAG